AGUCGCCCGUGUGCGACGUCAGUUUGCAUGGCAACCACAUGGUGAGCCAUGGAAGUGCCUUUUGAUUGACGUUUCUCACCUGCUCCUUCUGGUAUAGUUAAUGCAUCUGGCAAGGGAAGAAGAGAAAAAAGGCGCGGGAAAGUCUCCGAUGGAGCCCUGGCCUGCCGAAUAUUGCCCCAGUACCAGCUACCCUUGAAGUUGUAUCUACUGUCGUCCAAGUGCUACUUGGAGUGUAAGCGGUCCGACACCGCCAAGUCCCAACCGGUUGUCAUCCGAUGACCAAUAUUGUAAUGUUCAUGGAUUGGGCACCGGUGGUACGGUUCAUACUGUGGUUGUGGGGGUUGCGUUCUCGAGGCUACACCGAGCUCCAUAUCGAUUUGACGACAGCCCGGGUAGUGACCGGCGUCUUACUCGCUACCGGUGUACUAUCAUCGACACCUGUGCCUGACUAUAAAGAGGUGCGGGCGCAUCUUCGACGAGGAGAGGAGGGAUUACAGAGACUCGUCCUCACGCCAAGCUUACCCCGGAUUCUCUCUGAUCGGCCUUCUCCAUUUACAAUGGCUCGGUGGUUCCUUUCGUUCGUUGCCGGAAGCGCCCUUGCGGCGGCUUCUGGCCUUCCCAUGAAGCUCGAGACACGGAGCGCAGUCACAUCCCGUGUGUCCAACAUUCACAUCACUCUCGAGGAGCCCAUCGAGGAGACCGUCACAUUCACCUACGGUUCAUGUCAAGGUGCCUCCAUGGGGGAUGCUCACCACACCAUCGUCAAGUCAGAGGUGCGCGACUCUCAGCGCCUCGUCUGGGUUCUCCCCGAGGAUGCUGCCACUGAUGGAUGCAUCUCCGCGUGGGGUGUUUCUGGCGAGUUGAAGGGAAGAAGUGAGCCACAGACUCUUCACCACAAGUGGAAGCGCCGGGCUCUGAAGAGAUCUAUUGAGAUGAACAACGGCACCGGUAUUGACACGCUCGGAGCCUGGUUCGAGGGGGUCAACCUCCUCAAGGAUAAGGAGCCCACUACAGUGGAUGUCGACGCUGCCAAGUCCAAGCACGUCGCCAUCGUCGGCGCCGGUAUGGCUGGCCUGAUGAGCUACCUCGUCCUCUCACAAGCCGGCAUGACCAAUAUCAGCAUCAUUGAGGCCGGCCAGCGUCUGGGAGGCCGUGUUCACACCGAGUAUCUCAGUGGUGGUCCCUUUGACUACUCCUACCAAGAGAUGGGCCCCAUGCGCUUCCCCGAGCACUACGUCGACCCCAAGACCAACACCACCUACAACAUCACCGAUCACCAGCUCGUCUUCCAGCUCGCCGCGGAGAUGAACGAGCUCAACAAGCAUGACAAGAACCUCAGCGUCGACUUCAUCCCCUGGAUCCAGAGCAACCAGAACGGUCUCUCUUACAAGAACGGUAUCAAGCUUCCCAAUGGUCUGCCCCCUACUCUGGCUCAGAUCGCCGCCAACUCUUCUCUGGCUGUCGCCACUGUCUACGAUGAGUCCACCAACACCCUCAAUGAGAAGGUCGAUGAAUAUCUUCCUGGUAGCGACUUCUCUGUCCGCAUGGCCCAAAACAUGUUCAAGGCCCACCGCGAAUUCCUCGACUCUGGUCUUCAGGGUCUUGGUGGCGAUGUCUGGUCCGAGUAUGCCUUCAUGGUUAACUACCUGAAGGGCUCCCUCAACUCGACGGAUGCCCUGGGCAGCUACACCGCCACCUCAUUCUGGGACACUCUUUACGAGGGCAUGUACUUCCAGGCUGCUUCUUACAAGACUAUCGACGGCGGUCUCAGCCGUCUUCCGUUGGCUUUCCACCCUCUCGUUGACGACAUCACCACCAUGGACCGCAAGAUCGAGCGCGUGCAGUUCGACUCUGAGAACUCAAAGGUCAACCUCCAGUGGCGUGAGUCCUUCAAGAACCAGACCUUUGAGAACUCUGAAUACGACUACGCCCUGCUGGCUGUCCCCUUCUCCAUCAUCCGCAAGUGGCGCCUCCCCUCCCUGCCUUUGACCAUCUCCAACGCUAUCAAGGAGCUACCCUACACCAGUGCCUGCAAGGUUGCCCUCGAGUUCUCUGAGCGCUUCUGGGAGCACUACGAAAACCCCAUUGUCGGCGGUUGCAGCACCACCUCUGACAUUGCUGGUAUUGGUUCCACGUGCUACCCCUCGUACAACAUUAACGGCACCGGCAAGGCCACCAUGUUGGCUUCCUACAUCUCGGGCGACUGGGGCCACCGCUGGGCUUCCGUCUCGGAGGAGGAGCACGUCCAGUACGUUCUCGAUGCCAUGGUUGAGAUCCACGGCGAGAACACUCGUGAGCUGUACACGGGCAAGUACAACCGCCGCUGCUGGGUCCUCGACCCUCUCGAGAGCGGUAGCUGGGUCAGCCCUGUUGCUGGCCAGCAUCAGCUUUACAUCCCCGAGUAUUUCAAGACAUACGACAACAUGAUCUUCAUUGGCGAGCACACCUCCUACACCCACGCCUGGAUCGCCUCUGCUCUCGACUCUGGAAUCCGUGGCUCCGUCCAGCUGCUUCUCGAGCUUGGUCUCGUUGACGAGGCCAAGGCUGCCGUCAAUAAGUGGAUGGCUAGAUGGAUCGAUAUUGUAAGCUCGAGUUCUCGACCACAUGGUGAUGCGGUGUUUCUAACAGCAUUUUCUAGUGAUCGACAAUAAUGAUAGUAACAAUUGUGGGAAUCCAAGGGUAAAGGGUUCAGGGAGAGUCGAUUUGUGGCCGAGCAAUGGCGUCACAUAAUCUUACAUAGUGCAACGAUUAACGAA